CGUCCCAUCGUCAGUCAGUCAGAAAUAUCCUGAGCGAAUGCUGCUCGGAGUCACUUGCCCCCAGUCAGAAGCUGCAGAGAGAGAGUCGCACAGGAUCAUGUCGGGGCUGCUGUGCAGGAAGCGCAGGAAAGAAGCUGCAGUGAGUGAUCUCCAGGAAGAGGGUAAAAAUGCCAUCAAUGCACCCAUGUCACCCACCCCCAUCGAUCUGCACCCAGAGGACACCCUGCUUGAGGAGAAUGAGGAACGCACCAUGAUCGACCCCAAUUCCAAGGAAGAGACCAAAUUCAAGGAGCUUGUGAAGGUCCUUAUUGACUGGAUUAAUGAGGUUCUGGUCGAGGAGAGAAUUAUUGUGAAGAAUUUGGAAGAGGAUCUGUAUGACGGGCAGGUGCUGCAGAAACUUCUAGAGACACUGGGGAGUCGGAAGCUGAAUGUUGCGGAGGUCACACAGUCCGAGAUUGGGCAGAAGCAGAAGCUACAGACAGUUCUGGAAGCCGUACAGGAGCUGCUGAGACCUCAGGGGUGGGCCAUAAGGUGGAACGUUGACUCCAUCCAUGGGAAAAACCUGGUGGCAAUUCUGCACCUUCUGGUGGCGCUGGCGAUGCAUUUCCGGGCUCCAAUCCGCCUCCCUGAGCACGUGUGUGUACAAGUUGUAGUAGUGAAGAAGCGCGAGGGUUUGUUGCAGACGGCACAUGUGACCGAGGAGCUGACAACCACCACUGAGAUGAUGAUGGGCAAAUUUGAGCGCGAUGCAUUUGACACUUUAUUUGACCACGCCCCUGACAAACUGAGUGUUGUUAAGAAGUCCUUGAUCACGUUUGUGAAUAAACAUCUGAACAAGUUGAAUUUGGAAGUGACAGAGUUGGAGACUCAGUUUGCAGACGGAGUUUACCUGGUGCUGCUCAUGGGGCUCCUCGAAGGUUAUUUUGUUCCUCUUCAUAAUUUCUACCUGACGCCAGAAGGCUUUGAACAGACGGUUCACAAUGUCGCCUUCUCCUUUGAGCUGAUGCAGGACGGGGGGCUGAAGAAGCCGAAAGCCAGGCCUGAAGAUAUUGUCAAUCUUGACCUAAAGUCGACUCUGCGAGUGUUAUAUAAUCUAUUUACAAAGUACAAGCACCUUGACUGAACCUGUUUUUAUCCUUCCUAUGUUUUGCCUUAUGUGGAAAAUGCACUGCUCCCCCAAUUCCUCCGACCCCCCAAGAACCAUGUGUGUCUUGUGAUAUUUAUAUAUUCUCUCUCCUGGCUCCUGCCUCGCGGCACAGGGAUCCAGCUCAGUUACUCUCUGCCCAGUAAGAAGUGUAAGAGAAUUUCCCAUUUCAGUAUCCGACAUCCCUUGCUCCUUUCAGAGGUUUGUGGGAGUUGUAGUUUUGCAGCUGUAGGGCGACACACUGAAUGAUAUCCCUUUAAAAUAACAUCCAAACUGAUGGAUAGAAGAAAAAAUGAAUUUGUUUUAUUAAACUGGACCAAUGAAAAUGCAGAGUUUGUGUUUCCUCCCAUAGUCGCUCAGUCUGACGUCUGCUUCCAGAACAAGAUGCUGUGCUUUCCCUUUAACUGGAAAUAUUGUCAUUAAAUUAUAUCUUGUGCACUGUGUCUUUAAAUUUCCCUUUGUCUCAACUCCUGUAGUGUUUUGUUCUUCAACAAUAUAAAGUAUUAUAAUUGUGACGUCA